AUGAAGGUGAACGUGACCGAAGAAGAGCUCGCUGCCCAUGAGGCUGCCACCAUGCGCGGUGCCAUCGAGGGCAUCGUCGCCGGGCUCGCCAUCUCCGUCCCCGCCUCCAUCUACGCCCACCGCAGGUGGGCCGCCUACCGUGCCCUCCCGCUCCACCUCAAGGCCCUCGGCAUCAUCAUGGUCGUCGGGCCCUGCUACGCCAUCCAGGCCGAGCAGCGCGGCGUCCAGUACGACAAGUCUCUUUGGACCGGCGCCGCCAACGCCGUCAUGCACCGCGAGGAGAUGCUCUCCGAGAACCGCUGGGAGCAGAUGACCGUGGCCCAGAAGGUCAAGGACUGGGCGAGCCGCAACCAGUACAAAGUCAUCGUCGGUAGCUGGGCAGCGAGCAUGGCCAUCGCGGGCACCAUCGUGAUGCGCAACCGCUACCAAUCGACUCCUCAGAAGAUUGUCCAGGCCCGUAUGUGGGCGCAGGGCCUCACCAUUGGCGUCAUUAUCGCCGCUGGCAUCAUGACCCAGUCCCAGCGCGCGGAGCACGCCCAGCACCGCCAAGUCGACCACUCGUGGGCGAACAUCCUCGCAGAACAGGAGCGCGAGCGCCAUGAGAUGGAGUCCCGGAUAGCCUCGGUGAAGAGCCACGUUCAGCCUGCCCCCUCCGUAUAG